UAAGAAACCACUAACAAUGGCGUUAUUGUUCUCCCCGCCAAUCUUCAUCCCAAAGAACUCGUCCCCUCUCCUCUCCGCGAACCGAUUCUCUCUCCUCUCCGUCACUCGAGCUAACUCCUCCUCCGACACUGGGAUAACCUCUCCUGCCACCAUCUCCGUGGACGUUAAAGAACCUCAUACAUCAACACCAGUUGUCAAGAAAGAAGAAGUCUCCUCCGCCGUGGAAGGUGAAGAAGAGAUGAAGACGACGGAGACUUUUACCAACUUCGAGGAUGCGAGGUGGGUUAACGGAACAUGGGAUCUUAAACAGUUCGAGAAAGAUGGGAAAACAGACUGGGAUGACGUCAUCGUUUCUGAGGCCAAGAGAAGAAAAUGGCUGGAAGAGAAUCCAGAGAGCACGAGUAACGACGAGCCUGUGGUCUUCGAUACGUCGGUAAUCCCAUGGUGGGCUUGGAUGAAGAGAUACCACUUACCCGAAGCUGAGCUCCUUAACGGUCGUGCUGCGAUGGUAGGGUUCUUCAUGGCUUACUUUGUUGAUAGUCUUACUGGAGUAGGACUUGUCGAUCAAACGGGGAACUUCUUCUGUAAAACGCUCUUGUUCGUGGCUGUGGCUGGAGUUCUCUUCAUCCGCAAGAAUGAGGAUGUUGAUAAGUUGAAGAAGUUGUUUGAUGAGACGAUGUUAUAUGAUAAACAAUGGCAAGCAGCUUGGAAAGAUGGUGAGGAGGACUCAUCAAAGAAGUGAAAAGCGGAAACAGAGAGUCUUGCUUCUUCUCUUUUUUUUGUUAUAUGAUGAUGUAAUUAGGCACAAAGAGAUAAGACUUUAUAAUAUGAAGAGAGUUUAAGGUGUC